AUGGGAGACAUGUAUGAACUUUUGAAGUCUAUAAAGGAGAAGAUGAAUACAAAGGUUGAAGACCUAGGAAACACACUGAAGAGCAUUACUGAACACGUGAAGAAUCAGCAAGCUAGCUCUUCUAAUGCACCACCAACUAACGAGUUUGUGAAUGCAUGGACAUUUCAGCAAUGGCUGAGACUGGAACACGUAGAUUGUUCAAAUGAUUUGGAUUGUUCUUCACCACAAAAAUUUCUGAGGAAGCAAAAAUCAGCCAAUCACUCCCCGUCCCCUACCUCCAAAUCCCACCUUCCCAAUGACACUCCGCCGGCUGUGGCUGAGGCUCAAAUGGCCACUCUUCAACUUUCCCUCCAAAACUUCCCCUCAACCCCAACACUCAGUUCCCUUCUCCGCCCACCGAAAUCCGGCAGAAUAACCCACCUCCCACCACGUUUACUUCUAUCCAGAACUCCAGCUUUUAAACCUCAUACCAAAAAUUCUAAGUGGGUUGUUCGAUGCAACUUGGUUGAUCAAAUCCCACCAAAAUCGACGCUCGAUGUAGGCCGAUUGGUGGAUUUCUUGCAUGAAGAUCUUUCCCAUCUUUUCGAUGAACAGGGGAUUGAUCGAACGGCGUACGACGAACAAGUGAGAUUUCGUGACCCCAUUACUAAGCACGAUACGAUUAGUGGGUAUUUGUUUAAUAUUUCCCUCUUGCGAGAACUCUUCAGGCCUGAAUUCUUCUUGCACUGGGUUAAACAGACAGGACCAUAUGAAAUAACUACAAGAUGGACUAUGGUAAUGAAGUUUGCCCUUCUACCAUGGAAACCAGAAUUAGUUUUCACAGGAAAUUCCAUCAUGGGUAUCAAUCCAGAGACCGGCAAGUUCUGUAGUCACGUGGAUCUCUGGGAUUCGAUACAAAACAACGACUACUUUUCAGUAGAAGGCCUUUGGGAUGUUUUCAAGCAGCUUCGGUUUUAUAAGACUCCAGAAUUGGAAUCACCCAAGUAUCUGAUUCUGAAAAGGACUGCAAAGUAUGAGGUGAGGAAAUAUGCUCCAUUUAUAGUGGUAGAAACAAGUGGAGACAAGCUCGCUGGAUCUGCAGGAUUCAAUACAGUUGCUGGGUAUAUAUUUGGGAAGAACUCUACAAAGGAGAAGAUACCCAUGACCACUCCUGUAUUCACCCAAAAGUUUAACUCUGAAUCACCCAAAGUCUCCAUUCAAAUAGUUCUUCCUUCAGAGAAAGAUAUAGACAGUUUACCAGAUCCUGAACAAGAUAUAGUUGGCUUGAGAAAGGUUGAAGGAGGUAUUGCUGCAGUUUUGAAAUUCAGUGGGAAACCUAUUGAAGAGAUUGUGCAAGAGAAGGCAAAAGAACUGCGUUCUAGUCUCAUAAAGGAUGGUCUCAAACCCAGGAACGGCUGUUUGCUUGCUCGGUAUAAUGACCCUGGAAGAACAUGGAACUUUAUAAUGAGAAAUGAGGUGCUAAUAUGGCUUGAAGAGUUCUCAUUGGAGUAGAACCAUUCAAAUAGUUUUUCUUUACCUUCAUAAAGCCUUUGAGUGAUCUUUGUAGCAAAGAUUUCAAAUGUUCAAGUAAUGAAGCAUCAAAUUUUUGGUUCUUUUCAAGAUA